CCGAUCUGCCAGUGGCCCGCUGCAUUGUGCAGUGACCACAGCAGCCAUCCAGCUUGGAUAGUGCGCUGUCUAUUUCAUCAAUCCUGGGCGCUCAUCUGGCCAUAUUUCGUCCCGCCUCGUCCCAAUCCCAUCCGAUGCGACUCUCUUGUCAUACAACAACAGGCCCUCAGGUCGUCAACUCCAUUCAGGACUACCGCAACAUCCGCAGCGCCUGGGCAAGGGAAGAUCGCGCUGUCGGGUUUGUUCCGACCAUGGGCGCUCUCCAUGAGGGUCACAUUACGCUUGUGCGAGAAGCAAAGUCCAGGUGUGACCGAGUCGUGGUGUCCAUCUUUGUCAACCCGGCCCAGUUCGCUCCUACCGAGGAUCUCGACAAGUAUCCGCGGACGAUGGAGAGCGAUCUCGCACUGCUCGACAAGGAAGGUGUCGAUGUGGUGUUCUACCCGCCCGUGAAGGAGAUGUACCCCUCCGGCAUCACCCUCGACGUGCAGCAGCAGGUGGGCACAUUUGUCGAGGUCAAGGGAAAAUCCCACCAGAUGGAGGGCUCGGUUCGACCCCACUUCUUCAGAGGCGUCGCCACUGUUGUGUCCAAGCUCUUCAACAUCGUCCAGCCAACGCGCGCAUUUUUCGGGCAGAAGGAUGGGCAGCAAUGCUCGGUGAUCCGCAGCAUGGUCCGCGACCUGUUCUUCCCGCUUGAACUGGUCAUUGUGCCGACUGUACGUGAGGCGGACGGCCUGGCCAUGUCGUCGCGGAACCGCUAUCUUUCGGCCGAGGAGCGGGCUGCGGCCCCGGUCCUCUUCAAGGCCCUCUCGGCAGGAGAAAAGUAUCUCCGCGUUCGCGGUCCUAGCACCACAGCCAAGGAGAUCAUCGAUGUCGCAACCGAGACCGUCAAACUGGAGCCGCGAGUGCAGCUCGAAUAUUUUAGCCUGGCAAACCCGUACACCCUCGAGGAGCUCCAAGGUCCCAUUGGCGACGACGGAGCCAUCUUCUCAGGCGCCGUCAAGGUCGGCAAGACCCGCAUCAUCGACAACAUCCUUCUCCAAACCAAUGUCAAGACCUGGGCGACCCGCGACUAGUCCUCUCGUGUGACUGACUAUUGUUGAGCGCAUGGCUGGCGUGCGGCAGACGGCGUACGGCAUACAGCCGGGUCAAAGAGCGGACUGACGACAAAUGGAUGUAUUGGUGG